CAGCCUUUCAGUUACUGGUGCCAAUUAGCUUGGCACUGCCUUCAAUGGCACCAUUAGAAGGACGAUCUUUAGACUUGGACACCGUGAUGGCUGGGGAGGUGGUGGCUAAGAACCUCACGUGGGAUCCUGCAUAUCAACAAUCUUUGACUCAACUCUCUGUUUACUUUGCCCAUCUUGAGGUGUCAAGCUUAUCCUGUCAAGAGCGUCUUAUAUGCGAGGUAACAGCAGAUCCUCUCACUUUCUUCCCCAUCAGUCAGAUCUUCUUAAAGGAACUCAGGCUUGUUAACGGACCAGUGACAAUGACUGAUGACUCUCUGAUGUGGCGCUAUAUGACAGCUGCUCGUCAAGGCUUCACAUCACACACUGACAGUUGUGUCCCUGCCUACAGUAGCUGUCACCUGCCUGCUGACAGCUUCCUCAACAUGCCCGUGCUUAAAGUCUGGCAAUAUAUCUCAUCCAAAGUCAAACUUGAGUUUAUUUGAAAACAAUAGUUAAUUAGAGAAGUAAAUUAUUUAGCGUUGUACCAUAUUAAUGUUUAUUGUAAGAACAGGAACCAAUUAUAAUGAAUGUUGAAUGUUGAUGUUGUGAUUCUUACUUGAGAUGUUUAGGCGAUAUUUGUGUUGUUUUUUUCAUAAGGGUUUCCUUGAUGCCGGUAGAAGGCUCUUGAUUCAAGUAAUUUAACCGUGGCACGUGGCCUGGUAGCAAAAGCCCUUGUUUCAGACGAUGAUCAUCAGGGUUCGAUUCCCAGCGAGGGUAGAACCAUUGGGCGUGUUUCCUUACACCGGUUGUCUAUGUUCACCCAUCAAUAAAGUGGGUACCUGGGUGUUAGUCGACUGGUGUGGGUCGCAUCCUGGGACAAAACUGACCUAAUUUUCUCUGCUUAACAAACAGCUUUCUAUAUAGAGGUGUGUCAUUGAUGUCAGCUAGACCUGUAUACCUGAUACAUGUACUUGUAGUGAUGCAGAUAUAAUGAUAUAAUACUAUCCUGUUCCUUGAAUGAAAUAUAUUUGCCUUCCAUUCUCCAGGUACUGUUACCCCUAGUACUUAGCGGUUCCUCAUAUACAUGUAUGGCAAGACUUACUGGCUGGAUUUGGUGCUGAUUGUUGGUUGAAUAAGUCCUGGAAAGAUAAUGCAGAAGCUGGAACCACUGUGAUGUAAGCCA